UAGCAUGGUGCGGCGGCCGCGCGCGUCGACAUGGGCGAGAAGCUGGAGCUGAGGCUCAAGUCGCCCGUGGGGGCCGAGCCCGCCGUCUACCCGUGGCCUCUGCCGGUCUACGACAAACACCACGAUGCUGCUCACGAAAUCAUCGAGACCAUCCGGUGGGUCUGUGAGGAGAUCCCGGACCUCAAGCUCGCCAUGGAGAACUACGUCCUGAUCGACUAUGACACCAAGAGCUUUGAGAGCAUGCAGAGGCUGUGUGACAAGUACAACCGCGCCAUCGACAGCAUCCACCAGCUGGUAGUGAAGGGCACCACCCAGCCCAUGAAGCUGAACACGCGGCCGUCCAACGGGCUGCUGCGGCACAUCCUGCAGCAGGUAUACAACCACUCGGUGACCGACCCCGAGAAGCUCAACAACUACGAGCCCUUCUCGCCCGAGGUGUACGGCGAGACCUCCUUCGACCUGGUGGCCCAGAUGAUUGACGAGAUCAAGAUGACGGAGGACGACCUCUUCGUGGACUUGGGCAGCGGCGUGGGCCAGGUCGUGCUCCAGGUCGCCGCGGCCACCAACUGCAAACAUCACUAUGGCGUCGAGAAAGCCGACAUCCCAGCCAAGUACGCGGAGACCAUGGACCGAGAGUUCAGGAAGUGGAUGAAAUGGUAUGGAAAAAAGCAUGCAGAAUACACACUGGAAAGAGGUGACUUCCUCUCGGAAGAGUGGAGGGAGCGCAUUGCCAACACGAGUGUUAUCUUUGUGAAUAACUUUGCCUUUGGCCCUGAGGUGGAUCACCAGCUGAAGGAGCGGUUCGCUAACAUGAAGGAAGGUGGCCGAAUCGUGUCCUCGAAGCCCUUUGCGCCGCUGAACUUCAGAAUCAACAGCAGGAACUUGAGCGACAUUGGCACGAUCAUGCGUGUGGUGGAGCUGUCGCCCCUGAAGGGCUCCGUGUCGUGGACGGGGAAGCCCGUGUCCUACUACCUGCACACGAUCGACCGCACCAUACUUGAAAACUAUUUUUCUAGUUUGAAAAACCCAAAACUCAGGGAGGAACAGGAGGCAGCUCGGCGCCGGCAGCAGCGGGAGACCAAGAGCAACGCCACGACGCCCACCAAGGCCCCCGAGGGCAAGGCGGCCGGGCCUGCGGAGGCCCCCGCGGACUCCGGGGCCGAGGAAGAGAAGGCUGGGGUGACCACUGUCAAGAAGGCCUCUCCCUCCAAGGCCCGGAAGAAGAAGCUGAACAGGAAGGGGAGGAAGAUGGCCGGCCGCAGGCGUGGACGCCCCAAGAAGAUGAGCGCCGUGGACGCGGAGCGCAAGCCCAGGAAGAGCCGCGCGGCGCUGGACGCCCUGCAGGCCCCGGCCGCGCCCGCCACCGCCCCGCCCUCGCCCCAGGAGGCGUACAGGCCCCCCCACAGCCCCUUCUACCAGCUACCUCCGGGCGCGCAGCGGCUCCCCCCCAGCCCGCUGCUCGCGGCACCUACCCCGCCCGCGCUGCAGAAGCUGCUAGAGUCCUUCAAGGUGCAGUACCUGCAGUUCCUGGCCUACACCAAGACCCCGCAGUACAAGGCCGGCCUGCAGCAGCUGCUGCUCCGGGAGAAGGAGAAGAAGGCCCAGCUCCUGGGCACGGCGCGGCAGCUCUUCAGCCACUGCCAGGCCCAGAAGGAGGAGAUCCGCAGGCUGUUCCAGCAGAAGCUGGACGAGCUGGGGGUGAAGGCGCUGACCUACGACGACCUGAUCCAAGCGCAGAAGGAGAUCUCAGCGCACAACCAGCAGCUGCGGGAGCAGUCGGAGCAGCUGGAGCGCGACACCCGGCAGCUCCGGAGCCAGAGCCUGCAGCUGCUCAAGGCGCGCUGUGAGGAGCUGAAGCUGGACUGGGCCACGCUGUCCCUGGAGAAGCUGCUGAAGGAGAAGCAGGCACUCAGGAGCCAGAUCUCGGAGAAGCAGAGGCGCUGCCUGGAGCUGCAGAUCAGCAUUGUGGAGCUGGAGAAGAGCCAGCGGCAGCAGGAGCUGCUGCAGCUCAAGUCCUGUGUGCCGCCCGACGACGCCGCGUCCCUGCACCUGCGUGGGAAAGGCACGCUGGGCCGCGAGCCGGAGGCCGACCCUGGCCGGCUGCACCUCGACCUGGACUGCGCCAAGCGCUGCCUGCCUCACUUCAGCAGCAUGAGCCCAGAGCUCUCCAUGAACGGGCACGCGGCCGGCUACGAGCUGUGCGGUGCGCUCAGCCGGCCGCCGUCCAAGCAGAACACGCCGCAGUACCUGGCCUCGCCCCUGGACCAGGAGGUGGUGCCCUGUACGCCCAGCCACAGCGGCCGGCCGCGGCUGGACAAGCUCUCGGCCCUGGCCUUGCCCGAGUGCGCGAGGCUGUCCCCCGCCAGCACACUGCUGCGCAGGCACCCGGGCCAGGACCCCACGGGGCCUGCCAGGGCGGCGGCCGGUGAGCCACCCUCACGGGCCGAGCACGCCAAGGAGAACGGCAUCGCCUACCCGAGCCCCAGCCUGCCCAGCAGCACCAAGCUGAGCCCUCAGGACCCGCGGCCGCCGCCGUCCCCGGGGGCCGUGCCUCUUGUGGGGGAGAAGAGCAGUGAGAAGGGUGUGAAGGAGCGCGCCUACGGCAGCGGCGGAGACACCAUCACCAGCCUGCCCAUCAUCCCUGUCCCCCGGAGUCCCUGUCCCCUGGAGUCCCUGUCCCUGGAGUCUCUGCCCCCUGUCCCUGGAGUCCCUGUGCUGGCCGUGUCCCCCAUGGAGCUGGGGGCCUCUUGCUCCAGUGUGGGCGGACACUGGCUGGGGUCGUGGUGCCGCAGGCCGUGGCGUGCACAUGGUGGGCAGGUGAGCGGCAUCAAGGCGCUGUAUGAGGCGGAGCUGGCCGACGCCCGCCGCGUCCUGGACGAGACGGCCCGAGAGCGCGCCCGGCUGCAGAUCGAGGCCGGGAAGCUGCAGGCCGAGCUGGAGGAGGCCAGCAAGAGUGCCAAGAAGCGGGAGGGCGAGCUCAGCACGGCCCAGGCCCGCCUGAAGGACCUGGAGGCGCUGCUGCACCGCAGCGAGGCGGAGCUGGCCGCCGCCCUCAGCGACAAGCGCGGCCUGGAGAGCGCCGCGGCCGAGCUGCGGGCCCAGCUGGCCAAGGCGGAGGACGGCCACGCCGUGGCCAAGCAGCAGCUGGAGAAGGAGACGCUGAUGCGCGUGGACCUGGAGAACCGCUGCCAGAGCCUGCAGGAGGAGCUGGACUUCCGCAAGAGCGUGUUCGAGGAGGAGGUGCGGGAGACGCGGCGGCGGCACGAGCGCCAGCUGGUGGAGGUGGACAGCAGCCGGCAGCAGGAGUACGACUUCAAGAUGGCGCAGGCGCUGGAAGAGCUGCGCGGCCAGCACGACGAGCAGGUGCGGCUGUACCGGCAGGAGCUGGAGCAGACCUACCAGGCCAAGCUGGACAGCGCCAAGCUGAGCUCUGACCAGAAGGACAAGGCGGCCAGCGCGGCGCGCGAGGAGCUGCAGGAGGCGCGCAUGCGGGUGGAGUCGCUCAGCUACCAGCUCUCGGGGCUGCAGAAGCAGGCAAGUGCCGCCGAGGACCGCAUCCGGGAGCUGGAGGAGAGCGCGGCGGGCGAGCGGGACAAGUUCCGCAAGAUGCUGGACGCCAAGGAGCAGGAGAUGGCGGCCAUGCGCGACCUGGUGCAGCAGCAGCUGGCCGAGUUCCAGGAGCUGCUGGACGUGAAGCUGGCGCUGGACAUGGAGAUCAGCGCCUACCGCAAGCUGCUGGAGGGCGAGGAGGAGAGGCUGAAGCUGACCCCCAGCCCGUCCUCGCGCGUCACCGUCUCGCGUGCGUCCGCGAGCAGCAGCGGCAGCAGCGUGUCCACGGCAGGGCGCGCGGGCCGCGGGAAGCGGCGGCGGCUGGAGGCGGAGGAGCUGGUGGGCAGCGGGCCCGGCGCCGGCAGCGGCAGCAGCUUCCGCCUGGCCCAGCAGGCCUCGGCCACGGGCGCCGUGGGCAUCGAGGAGGUGGACCUGGAGGGCAGGUUCGUGCAGCUGAAGAACAGCUCGGACAAGGACCAGCCCCUGGGGAACUGGCGCAUCAAGCGGCAGGUGCUGGAGGGCCCGGAGAUCGCCUACAAGUUCACGCCCAAGUACGUGCUGCGCGCGGGCCAGACGGUCACGGUGUGGGCCGCCGGGGCGGGCGUGGCGCACAGCCCCCCGUCCACGCUGGUGUGGAAGAGCCAGAGCAGCUGGGGCGCGGGCGAGAGCGUGCGCACGGUGCUGCUGAACGCCGACGGCGAGGAGGUGGCCAUGCGCACGGUGAAGCAGUCCGCCGCCGCCGCGCGGGAGAGCGGGGACGGGGAAGAGGACGGGGAAGAGGACGAGGAGGCUGCGCUGGGCGAGGAGGACCUGUUCCACCAGCAGGGAGACCCCCGCACCACGUCGAGAGGCUGCCGCGUGAUGUGAGCGCAGCGCCCCGCCCGCGGCCGCCCAGGACUGUUAGUUUUCUAUCAUUGGCUUUCCCUACACCGUUACCAUUUCUCGAGAAUUCUUCCCAAACUGCGGGG